UGCGGAGUGUGUGUGAUGCCUGUUGAAUGUGCAUUCGGUCAUAAACAAUCAUCCCAUUGACUAUUUAAAUCGAUUUUCAUGUGAAUAAAUCUCAUGAUGUGAGCAGUCUUGUCAGAGUCGAAGUGAAUAGAGAGUGUGUGGCUCGAUCAGGGUUAUUACUGACGAUUGUCCGGUGAAAUGAGUAAAUUAGUCAAGAUGACGUUGAGUUCAUGUCGGGGGAAUGGAUACCUGAUGAUUGGAGUGUGUUUGGGACUCAGUCUGAGUCUUUUCAUGUCUCCGGUGGAGAUUUCCGAGGGAAUCGACGCCAAUUCGCCCUCUGAUGAGUUCUGGUCCCCCGUGCCCUCCCAAGACCCCGUCGACGAGUACGUCCCAAAGAUAAAUCUCGCUCAAAAGCCAAAAAUCCCCCAAAAGGUCCCCAAAUCCCUGAUCCGUCCGCGCUACUACUCCACUGAGCUCGGCAUCCGCGAAAAGCUCUUUAUCGCCGUCUCCACCUCCCGCGAGCACCUCCACACCCGGGGCAUCGCCCUCAACAAAACACUGGCCCACCUAGUUGACAAAAUCCGCUACUUCAUAACCAUCCCCGAGGGAUCGAAGCCCAACGUCAGCCUCCCCGGUAUCGUCGGCUUCACCGACACCCGGGACAUCCUCAAGCCCUUCCACAUAAUCAAGUACAUCACCGAUAACUACCUCGAGGAGUACGAUUUCUACUUCAUCGUCAAGGACUCCAGCUAUGUCAACGGAAGAUCCUUGAAUCAUCUCUUGGAUAAAAUUUCCGUCUCCAGGGACGUCUACCUGGGGCGCCCCCUGGACGACGACCCCAACUACUGCUCCCUUGACUCCGGUAUUAUCCUCUCCAACUCUAUAAUCCAAAAAAUGAAAACUAAUCUCGACUGGUGCGUCAAGAACACCUUCUCCAGCAUCGACGACAUCAACUUCGGAAGGUGUGUCGAACAUUCAACAAAUCUCCAGUGUCGGAACACUUCAGAAGACGUCCAGUUCAUCUCGAAUGAUUUUGACAAAAUUCCAGAUCAAAAGCUCAACAAUUUUGCUGAGAAAAAUUAUUUUUUCGGGGAUCGUCUUGGGAUUGUGAAAAACUCCGUGACUGUAGCCUCAAUUUUCGAUCAUUCGAUGGUGUAUAAACUUCACAUAGAAUCGGCGAUUGACAGAAUCAGAGAGAUUGAAUUGGUAAUCAAGGAUAUUGAGGAGGAUUAUGAGGAAAUUGCUAAUUUUUCCAAGAAUUUUUCGGGGAGGGCCUGGCCGAUAGGUACCUCCGGGCCCUCCCGGCCCUCCGCAAGGUUCGAUCUGACCCCGUGGGACUAUUUCAACGAGUCCCACGUGUUCAUGGAGACAGAUCACGAGAACUCAAGGCCCUUGAUCGGGAGUUUCAAGAGGGAGGUCGAGGAGGUCUUGGGGUUGCUGGGGGAGACGGUCAGGAAGAGGAAGGGGGGCUUGAGGGUGCAGAGGGUGGUGAAUGGGUGGAGGAGAUUCGACGCGGCCCGAGGGGUCGACUACAUCCUCGAUGUUCAUGUUCUUGAUGCCACGGGAGGGAUGGCGACGAAGAGGUUCGAGGUGACGAAGCCCCUGGGAAAGGCUGAGAUCCUCUCGGUGCCUUACGUCACGGAGAACUCGCGGGUGAACCUGGUGGUGAUCGUGGACACCCAGGGAAUUCACGAGGCGGGGGUUUUCAUAGAGGAUUACGUUAAGGUGUGCAUGGAGAAGAGGGACAAGACGAGUCUGAUGCUGGUGUUGCUGUAUGAUCCGGAGAGCCCGUCUAAGGGGAGCCAGGAUGUCUUCGCUGGGGUGAAGCGGAAGGCUGUUGGGGUCACGGAGAGGUUCAAGAAGGAGGGGAUGAGGAUCAGUUGGCUAUCGGUGAGGAUGGACGUGAGAACUGAGAAGGUUAGGAUGGAUCCCAUUGUGAGGGUCGGGGUUUUGGAUUUGGUCAGCAGGAAGUUCAGCCCGGAGAGCCUUGUCAUGGUCAUGGAGAUGGGGGCAGGGCUGAAGCCGGACUUUUUGAACAGGGUGAGAAUGAACACGAUUAUGCAGUCCCAGAUAUUCAGUCCCAUCCCCUUCACCGAGUACCACCCGGACAUCGUCUACCCGGAUGAUGUCCAGCGUCCCCUGGAGGUGGACAUUAACCGCAAUUACGGUGGCUACGACAUCCACAACUUCGAGACCAUCUCCUUCUACAUAAAGGACUACCAAACCGUCCGGAAGAGCUCGGAGAAGGACAUUUCCAUCGUUCGAAACGACAAGGACAUCAUCUCGAUCCUGAAAUUGUCGAAGAGCAAUAUUAUAGAUUCUCUUUUUGAAUUGUUCGUUGUUUACAGUGAUUUGCACACCCUUAGGGCUGUUGAACCCGCCCUCAAGGUCAGGUACAGUGAGAUUGACUGUAGGGGUGCCAGGUUGGCGAGUGAAUCUUCCAAGAUCAGUUGUGAAAACAGGAAAUACUCGAGGCUGGGACAUCGAGGGCAAUUGGCUAAGCUGAUCCUGGAUUAUCAGAAUAGCAAUUGAAAAUCAUUUUUGAUGAAUGCCAAAAUGUUUCCAACAAAAUAAGAAUUGAAUUUUAAGUAUUUUUAUUUUAAUUUUUUGUUGAAAAUCCUGUUUUUAGUUUCGUAGAGAUCGUUAUAGAAUUGUAUAAUGCUCUCUGGUGUGUAUAAAUCUCUCAGGCAUUGAAAUUUUCUUUAAAAAUUCCUCGAUUUAUGUAUUUAAUUGGUUAAAAACAAUCUGAGAGAAACGAAAAAACAGUGAAAGCAGGUUUUUCUCAGAUUUGAAGAAAAACCUGACCUUAUUUUGUGGAUAUCUCCGAAACGGUGAGGUUUUUUGAAAAAUGCCAUAUAACAUUUUUGGUCGGAAAUUUAACUAUCUAGAAGAAAGGUCGUAACACAUUUUUCGAUAAACCCAAUGGUUCUCGAGAUAUUUUCAAAAUAGUGAAGGAUAUUAUUGAAAUAAAAAUCUGUGCUCCCAGAGCUCACUUAUACAAUCAAACUUAUCACAUUAAUCAAUCAAGGCAAUUAAAAACAGGUAGAAAAUGAAUUACUAUACUAUAAAAGUAGGUUUCAAUGAGAUAGUAAUACUAGGCUAACUGCCACUCCUAUCUCCUGGUUAACCAUAAUUAAAUCAUUAGUAAAAUGUGAAAUUCCAUCACUCACUGAUGAAAUAUGAACAAUAGACAGUGAAAAAUAGUCCAUCGAACAUUAAUUAUCGAAUUCGGAAUAUAAAACUCUUCAGAGAACCCCUAGAACUGUUUCUCAGGCUAAAAAAUGGUCUCAAUCCCAAUUUUAAUUGUUAAAAUCGCAAAUUAAUGGUUUAAAAAUCCUCACGAUUUAGGGGAAAUUCUAUAAUAUUUCCUCUGUUGUCUUUAAUAUGGCAGCUUCUAGCUGUUGAUAGAAUGAUCCUAUCAUGUGUGAAAAAGUUGAUCGAGAGUAUUUUGGAAGCUAAUGGAUUCGAAGGAAAAUAUCAAGAAACAUUAUUUACAAAAUAUUAGAUUCCCCACGAAAAUUAAUCAUUGGGAAAUCCAAAAAACUCAAAAAAUGAUCCAACAACCACAAAAUAAUGCUUGGCAAGACCUUGCUUUAUUCAAAGGUUUGAGCUGACAAUUACACACUACGAUAUAAGAGAAAAACGAACGUUUUUUUUCGAUUAAAACGAACAGAAAUAAAAAUAAAAUUGAUGAUAAAACGCCGAACACCCUAACUCAAUUUAGCAAAAAUAUAUAUAUAAUUUUUCAUAACGA